AUGGACGAAUCCGAUGUCUCCGCCGAGGAAGCAGAUGUCUCGGUAGAGGACCCGACUACCGCGGAGGAAGUGGCCUUUACAUCUUCAGUGCUCAAUGCAACAGAAGUGACCAAUGGUGUCACUCUAGGUUUAACAGUCGAUGAUGCCUUGAUUCACGUCUUCUCUAUUGAUAGAUAUGGUGUCGUAAACAAAGGUCUCUCCAAACAUGGUCAUAUAACACGCGACUGCCGUGAUAGAUCUCGGCUCGACAAUGCAAACGUCUACACAAGAAAGCGCUGCAAUAACGGAUGGUGCGCAUACAUGUAUGAGUACUACUUUGAAACGGAUAGAACGCGUUUGCCAUUGAGUGGCCACAAACACGAUUGGGAAAACGUAGUAGUCUUUGUCACGACCAGCACCAUCCAACGCGUCGUAGCCUCAGCCCACGGAAAAUAUCGUCACAAGGAUAAGCCGCUACUUCAAGACGGUCAUCCUUUGAUCGUGUAUCACAAGAGCUUUAUGUCAACUCAUGCCCUUCGGUUUGCCAAGGACGAGGACGUGAAAGAGGUUGAGAACGAUUAUGGGAAGUGGGUUAUGGCCGAUCUGAUUGGCUGGGAUGGGUUCCCGACCCAAGAGUUCAAGAAGAAGUUGUCAAGACAUAAGUUUGGAAAAGCGAAUUUUCAUUUAAAGGAUGGACAAUUUGCAUGGAGUUUGGAAAAGGCAGCUGGGGAUGCUAUUCCUGGGUUUAAUUGUCAGAAGGAUGGUGGGAACGAGUACAAGAACAAGGACCAAAAUGAAAAGAAGGGUAUGCGCAAAGAAAAGCAGAAGAAGAAAGUGAAAGACAAGAGCGAGAUUCAGGUGAAAGAGAAGGAUGUAAAGAAUGAUGAGGGCGAGGACUAG